AUGAAAAGUCUUUCACUCUUCUCAUCUGAAAUCUUGCUCCAUUUCUUCAUCUUUUUCACUCUAAAAGUGUUGUCAUUCACCACUCAUCAAACAAUCUCGUAUUCCGAUCACUGUCAGUCUUUUGCUCCUGAAGCCAUUCCUACUGAUAAGGUCUUCACAAGGUACCCGUUUCUCGAGCCAGUAACUAGCCAUUAUACGGGUGGCCAAAACAUUCUUGACCAAGAUGAACUAUCGCAACGGUCCAUCUUAUUUGCAGCCACUCAAAAUCUGUUCAAGACCAACGUCGUUGAUACAUACAAAAUCCAGGCUAGAUUGAGUUUCUUUUCUUCGAAUAUAUACUAUCGCCCGUCCAACUUUUCAUAUACCAAAUCUAAUUAUUCUCGGGUUGGCUGGAAAUAUCGUCGUCCAUUGGUGUUUCGUUUGGAUGGCUUCUGGUCAGUGUCUACAAGUAGGCUUUGCAUGGUUGGAUCAGCUCAUUGGUAUUCAAAAGAAGGUAAUCCUGUCAAAUUAGACGCUGUUCUUAAGCUUAAAUUUGCACGGUUUAUUAGUUUAAAUACUAGUUUAGUAAGUGGAAUCUUAGAGAGUUUGGUUUCUCCUGAUGAUUCCAAUUACUUUGAUUCAAUCUCAAUGUUGGGAUUCCCUAGAGUUUCUCCAUUCAAGUAUAACUAUACAUCCGUUUCUAACGAAGAGUGUAAUGGGGUCGAAAAUAAAGCUCUAGAAGCAGAAUCAGUAACUAGUAUGCAAUCUUUAGAUAUAUGUGGCAUUUUCACACAAAGAUUCACAACUUACAAAUUGGAGUAUCCUAGUACUAUUUGUAAGAAUUGUUCUCUGUUUGGUUUAGAUAUUGGAUACUUGCCUUCUUUUGUGUCAUUGUACGCAAUUCAGUGUUCCCCAAACGACAAAAAGCUUAGAUUUUUAGUCGAAUUUAAAGACAGAAGGUAUACUCCAUAUGACCAAUCGUUCAUUCCUGACAUAUCGUUAAUUGGAGAUGGAACAUGGAAUGGAACAAAAGAUGAGUUAUGCAUAGUCGCUUGCCAUAUCUUAAACAAAGAUGAUCCUUUAGGUAGUGCUCAUGUUGGGGAUUGCUCAAUUAGAUUGAGUUUGUGGUUUCUUAACGUUCGGUCAAUUAAGAAAACACAUACCACUGAGGGUCAAAUUUGGAGCACAAAGACAACACAAGAGAUCAAAUCCUUAAGACCCGUUAAGUUUCAAAGCUUUGAUCAUAGCCCAGAGAACUACGGUUGGAAGUAUGAAUACACACAGAUGGAGAAAGUAAGACAGAUUUGUCCUUCAACGAAAAAUGCAAAAAGGAAAGGGGUCAUGUAUCAACCAGAGAAUUAUGAAGAUUUUCAGUUUGACAUGCUAGUCAGACACAAGAACAUGGGUUGGACUGGUUCUGCAGUCCCAAUCUUCGUGGGGGGUCGGUUGUACAACUUGCAGCGAAUUGGCGCUACAAACUUCAGUCAGUCAACAGCUGAUGUUUCAACUGCUAGCUACAAGGGUCCCCUGAAUAUAAGCUAUGAGAUUAGCUUCAGAUUGAACAAUAGUACUAUUUCAAGAAGUGGGAUUUCUUCAUUGAACCUAUCCUCUAUGAAUAGAAUAGUGCACAUAUCUGCAGAGGGGUUUUAUGAUGAUGAAUCUGCCCGAAUCUGUAUGGUUGGUUGUAGAAAUCUGAACUCGAAUACUUCUCACUUUGACUGUGAGAUAAAGGUAAAUAUUCAAUUCCCUUAUGGUAACAGAACUUUUGCGAAGGGAAGUAUACAUAGUUUACGGAGAAAAACUGAUGCUUUGUACUUUGAGCAUCUUGAUUUCUUUUCACUGACUUACGGUAAAAGCAUAGCAAGAAAAACAAUUUGGAGAAUAGAGCUGGAAAUCAUCAUGGUCUUGAUUUCAGACACACUUGUGUGUGUAUUCAUAGGACAACAAUUAUUUCACCUGAAGAAAAGGCCUGAAAUGGCAAAUUUCAUUUCGGUUUUAAUGAUGUUGAUUCUUACCUUUGGACACAUGGUUCCCCUGGUGCUAAACUUUGAGGCAGUAUUCACAAAUGGUCGUGAUCAGAAAUAUAUACCGUUUGGUGAUAAGGGUGGAUGGGUCGAGUUGAACGAGGUGGUUGUGAGAAUAGUAACAAUGGUAGCUUUCAUUUUGCAAUUCCGUCUUUUACAACUUACAUGGGCUGCAAAAAAGGAUCAUUGGAUCCAUGAGAUAUGGACUCUGGUCAUUUGUUUACCAACGUAUAUUAUGGGUGGAACGGUCUUGUUGCUAAUGAACCGCAAGAACAAUAAUCACAUUAUUGGUCUAAGGUCUUAUGCUGGAUUAGCCCUUGAUGGUUUCCUAUUCCCACAAAUCAUACUCAACAUUUUUCAGGUUUCUAAAGGAAACGCUUUGUCUUUUUCGUUCUAUAUAGGGACCACUUUCGUUCGAUUGCUCCCUCAUGUGUAUGAUCUUUAUAGGGGUCCAAAGAGUAUAGGCCAUCAGUUUGAUAGGUUAUAUAUUUAUGCAAAUCCACGAGCAGAUUUCUACUCACCUGGUUCGGACAUCAUCAUUGUUUGUGGAGGCAUUGUGUUUGCAGUAAUGCUUCUCUUGCAGCAACGAUUUGGCGGCAGAUUAAAUUUGCCCAAGAUAUUCGGUCGGGGGCUUGUUGAGUAUGAAAUGGUACCUGUAGCAAGCGAUGAGAGCUGA